AUAAUAUAGAAAUUAUUGAAACAGGAGGUAAAAGGAGUUCUGAAUCAAGUACAUCAUUAGUAGUUAGAAGGAUGAAAAAAUAUAGUAUCCAAUCUCAAAUAUGCCAGAAAUUCCAGAAGAAGAAAAAAAAUCCUGCAAAAGAUCUAGUAAAAUACUCUAAAAAUGAAUUGUCUAGUAAGAAAGUAAAGACUAAAGACAGAAAUUUAUCUAUGUUAAAAAAACUUAUUAAGAAGCUAAAAUCGUCAAUACAACUGUUAAGGGCUGAAGAACGAAUUGAAAGUGUGAAUCAAGAAAUUAUUAUAUGUUAUUUUGCUUUUGGAAAAAAGCUUAAGGAAAGAUCUCAGAGAAAACUUUAUGAAGAAGUUGAAAAACAGCUCCUAUCUAACCUCUCGAAAAAUACAAUUGAGAAAAAAAUAGAAAGAGCAAGGAAAAUUUAUGACCUUUUCAGUAGCAUAGGUGAGGAUAAAAUACAACGGGUAAGUUCUUAUUCGGCAUUGAGAAUUUCUAAAUUAAGUUGGGAUGAAAUCAAUGCUAUAGAAGAGGAGUUUGAAUAA